GGGCUCGGAGCAUGCGCAGUGACGGUCUCAGUCGAUGCCGAGGAACGCAGGAAGGAAGAUGAAGACGCUGUGCAUAUUCGCUUUGUUGGCUGCGCUUGGCCUGGUGACUGCGGAGGAUGGGGCUCGGCUGCUGGCCUCCAAGUCCCUGCUGAACCGAUACGCAGUAGAGGGACGUGAUCUCACUCUGCAGUACAACAUCUAUAAUGUUGGGACAAGUGCUGCCCUGGAGGUGGAACUGUCUGAUGAUUCCUUCCCCCCUGAGGAUUUCGGCAUCGUUUCAGGGAUGCUGAACGUUAAAUGGGACAGGAUUGCACCUGCAAGCAAUGUUUCCCACACUGUGGUAUUGCGUCCCCUGAAGGCAGGGUACUUUAAUUUCACCUCUGCGACUGUCAGCUACCUGGCCCAAGAGGGAGGGCAGGUUGUGGUUGGCUACACAAGUGCCCCAGGUCAGGGGGGUAUUCUGGCCCAGAGGGAGUUUGACAGGCGCUUCUCUCCUCAUUACCUGGACUGGGCUGCGUUCGGUGUGAUGACCCUUCCGUCCAUCGGCAUCCCGCUGCUCCUCUGGUACUCCAGCAAGAGGAAGUACGAUUCUCCGAAGGCCAAGAAGAACUAAGCUAGAUGAAUGUGAGGGUUGGUUGGGAGGAGGUUUUCUUGGAGGAUGGGUGUGAAGUUUAGCAGCUGGGAGGAGUGUCUAUUUAGGGCACCUGGGUUUGGAACAUAAUGCCCAUAUUGAGGUUUAAAAAAAAAAAAAAAAAAUUUCACUACUUCCCUUUUCUGAGAAGACCCAGCCCAAGCAUGGCAUUAUGUUGCCAUUAUUAUAUGGAA